AAAACUCCAGUCGUCCAUUGUGUCACAUCUUGAAAUUGAGUUUUCUGAUUGUGGCAUUUGCAGAUAAUCCCUAACUUCGCACUUUUCCUCCUCAUACUAUUUUCGGCUCAGCUACGGGUCUUCAGCAUAGCCGGGUACCCCUUUUAGCCCCGGCCCGUUCAGGUGUAUCCCCUAUGCCUCCCUGAUGGCGUCCCUGGAUGGGCCCACCCCGCUGUAUUCUAUUGGACGAUUAUUCUAGAGCAAUAUCCCGUGUUGCGUGAUGACGGAGGUGUCUGUGCUUUAGAGGAUUAACUGUCAAAGAGCGCAACGGGAGAAAGGAGGAUGGAAGAACCGGAGGAAGAAGAGGCAUGCGAAGGGGGCUCUGAAAUAGGAGCAGAGGAUGCAGGAGGAGACCUCGAAGCAGAUAUAGCAGAAAAAAAAGCUACUGUGUUGGAGAUUUCAUCAUCAUCUGGACAGCAAGGCGCUGGUAAAAAGAUUGGGCACCGUGGAGUUGAUGCUUCUGGUGAAACCACUUACAAAAAGACGACAUCAUCCACACUCAAAGGUGCCAUUCAGUUGGGCAUUGGGUACACUGUUGGAAAUCUGAGUUCUAAGCCAGAGAGAGAUGUCCUCAUGCAGGAUUUUUAUGUGGUGGAGAGCAUCUUCUUCCCUAGUGAAGGCAGUAACCUCACACCCGCCCAUCAUUACCCAGAUUUCCGUUUUAAAACCUAUGCACCAGUUGCAUUUCGCUACUUUCGAGAGCUCUUUGGAAUUCGUCCAGAUGAUUAUUUGUACUCCCUGUGUAAUGAACCACUGAUUGAGCUCUCUAAUCCUGGGGCAAGCGGAUCACUUUUUUAUGUUACCAGUGAUGAUGAAUUCAUAAUAAAGACUGUUAUGCACAAGGAGGCUGAAUUUCUACAGAAACUUCUUCCUGGAUAUUAUAUGAACCUGAACCAGAAUCCACGAACUCUUUUACCCAAGUUUUAUGGAUUGUACUGUGUACAAUCAGGUGGAAAGAACAUUCGUGUAGUUGUCAUGAACAAUAUCCUGCCACGUGUUGUGCGUAUGCACUUCAAGUAUGAUCUGAAGGGCUCCACCUACAAGCGGCGGGCAUCCAAGAAAGAGAGGGAGAAACGGUGCCCUACUCACAAAGACUUAGACUUCAUGCAUGAUGCUCCCGAAGGGCUUCUUUUGGACAAUGAUACCUUUAAUGCUUUGGUUAAAACUAUGCAGAGGGACUGUUUGGUACUUGAAAGCUUCAAGAUUAUGGAUUACAGCCUUUUGCUAGGAGUGCACAAUAUGGAGCAGCAAGAACGGGAGCAGCAGACAGAAGGGGCACAGAGCCAGACUGAUGAGAAAAGACCAGUGGGACAAAAAGCUCUAUACUCAACAGCUAUGGAGUCAAUUCAGGGAGGAGCAGCUCAUGGGGAAUCAAUAGACACAGAUGAUACGAUGGGGGGAAUCCCAGCUGUUAAUGGGAAAGGAGAGCGUCUGUUAUUGUACAUAGGAAUUAUUGACAUUCUACAAUCCUACAGAUUGAUUAAGAAGCUGGAGCACACAUGGAAAGCAUUGGUGCAUGAUGGAGACACUGUGUCUGUACACAGACCCGGUUUCUAUGCUGAACGCUUCUUCAAAUUCAUGACCCACACAGUAUUUCGAAAGACUUCUUCUCUGAAAUCCUCCCCUUCCAAAAAGGGACGCAGUGCUCUGCUGGUACCCCGCCCACUAGGGACAUCAACAGCUUUCUCUGCAGGACAGAUUCCAACAGAGCAAGAAGAUGGAAAGUAUGAUUUGCGGAUUGCUCGGAGUUUCCCCACCCUGGAAGAUGAAGGUCGGCUUGAUCUCUUGCCCUGCACACCACCAUCAUUUGAAGAAGCUACAACAGCCUCUAUUGCUACAACCCUGUCUUCCACCUCAUUGUCAAUCCCAGAAAGGUCACCUUCUGAGACCUCAGAACAGCCUCGUUACCGGAGGCGCACUCAGUCCUCAGGUUAUGAAGCUCGAACACAUGAGGAAUCUUGUGUUGAGGAUGAAGUUCAGCAGAUCACAGUGGAAGUUGAAGCCAGAUGUCCAUGUACAGCACAAGUACCUGUAGAGAAAGAGCAAGGAGAGGCCUCUGGUGGAAUGGGGCCUGUUGAGGAAACAGGAAGUCAGCGGUCAGAAGAAGAGGAUGAUGUGCCUGUCACAGAUAUUUAUUUUUUCGCGGAUGGGAGAUACUGGGUGUACUCUCCCCGCCUGAGACGUCUGAAUUCCACUGCCUCUCCUCCAGAUGACCGGAGUUGGGUUUACUCCCCACUCCACUAUAAUACCCAGGUACAGCCUGUUUCAGAUGAGGAAAGUGACAAAUAAUCACUCUAUGCAGAUUCCUGUGAACAAAGAAUGUCUUCUUUCGGCUUUGCAUCAAAUCUCUCAAUGCUGCAUGCAGUGAAGAAGGAAGAAUAUUGUUGCAGAGAUUCGAACAGCUGAGUGUGAUUUGCCCACACUCUAUAUACUUACAUGCACUAUAUCUGUAUUUAUACAAUUUGCCUCUCACAUCCACUCACUCAAAAUUAUGCACACAAUAAAUCCAUGAGGUCAUUUCUGGUCAAAUUAAUUUGUUUCUUAGUUUUAAAAAAUAUAACUCCUCUUUCACAGAAGGAGGCAGAAUAAGUUUUGUUCUCAUUGAACUAAUGUGCAAGUUUGUCUGGCAGCUAAAGGGUGUCAAUCGUGUUUGUACUACAGUUUAAAUACACUGUACAAUUUCCUGCUGAUGAUUUCAAGUUUAUGUAUUUUUUUUUUUUUGCUGAUAUAUUAACUGUUAUUCUUUUGAAUGGACCUUGGUGUGAAUUAGUCUGCAAAGAGUUUAGAUAUAACCCUGCAUACAUUCCUGUUUGUAGCUUCUAAUAAGUGAAAAAUUAGUUGUGUGUACUGUUCUGCUAAUAGUAUUAUCACUGAAUUUUUGUGAAAUUCCAAAAUGCACAUAAAUUUAGGACCAAUUAAAGGUAGUUACUUUAGAUGCUAUAUUUUAGAAUAUAUAUAUAUAGCUGUGUAUUUUGAGUCAACAUUUAAUAAGCAUUCAUCAGUUUAGGUCUUUAUGGCUCAGUGGUUGCAAAAUAGGGUAAUGUGUUAAGAUGCUUAAGGUGUUGUGUCUUUUGUGCUAAACUUCAUUGUAGCAAUGCAGGUUUUCUAGGAAACCAAUGAAAUAAAUCCUUUACUCUUUUUCCUUUGCAAGGGUAGAAGGGCUGUGACCUGAAGCCCACUGAUCAUGUCCAAGGCUCCAUAGGCAGGUCGCUCUUAAUAACCUAAUUAACAAUGAGAUGGGCUUUUAUUUAAAGACGUUUUUAGAUUUUAGACAUUUCCAUUAAGAAGCCACAGUCGUAAUAAUAAAAUACAGGUAUGGGAUCAAUUAACCAUAACACCUCAGGUUCCAAGCAUUCUAAAUAAGUGGUAUUUCCAUAAUUUGGAUUACCAUGCUUUAAAUCUACAAAUAACGUACAAAUUAGGUAGGUUCAAGUAGAAGGAGCUGUUUUAUUAUUACAGAGAAAAAGGAAAUCAUUAAAAAGAACUAUAUGCUUAAAAUUAACUUUGUGGGAGAUGGCAAUCCUGUAUUUCAGAACUUUAUCGAUAAACAAAAUACAACAUUUGAAAUGUACCUUCAAAGAAACUGCAGACGCAGUUUAAACAUAUCUAGCAGUUGCUUGAUAUUGUUCCUACUAGUCGUAUACCUUUAGGCUGUGGGGAAUUGCAUUUAAAUGUUCAGCUAUAACAAGUUUAAUUUUCAGUUCAGUCCACCAGUAAUAUCUUGGGGGUCAGUGAAGUGUCAGAUUGCCAAGAUGACACUCUGGCUAUUUACUAACAGUUGUCUUUGCUGACACUAUCCCCCACAUGUAAUAAAAGGCACUAAGUUUGCCCAGGAGCAGUAACCAGUAGCAACCAAUAAGAUGUUUGCAUUUAAACAUGUGACCAGGAAAUUCUACCUGCUGAUUGGUUGCUAUAAGUUACUGCCCCUGGACAAACUUAGUGCCUUUAAUUACAUAACCCCUUAGAAUUUCUAAUCAUUUAUUUUCUGAAAGUGAUUUCCAGCUGGCUCCUACUCAUAUCAGCCAGUGUGAUGUUCCAGUCCUUAUUCAUAUAAGGCUAAUGUUACUCAGAAAUCCACCUCCUGUGCACCAUGAUCAUUUGCCAUUUUUUCUGUUGGCAGAAUAAAUACCAAGUGUAACAUUAUCCUUAAGGAAUUCUGUAACCCUUUUUUUUUAAAAAAAAAAACAAAAAAAAACCAGGAGGUUGCAAUUAGGUAUUACACUAUAAUUCUCAAGUCACAGCUUAAGCAAGUGAUCCCAGCACUUGCUGUUUUGGGCAACCAAGCAAAUAGUGCCACUUAUAUUUUGGUAAACACACUGCUUGUUUAUUUGAAAUUAUUAGCAAAAA